AUGGCUGUAAAAACUACUGCGCCAAGAUCAAAAGCGUGGCGCUUAAACACACUUGCAAAAGAACCAGUAAUCCAGGGCCGAAUGUCGAGUGGUGGGUGCUGCUGCAAAAAUAUGACACCUUCACCUUCACCUCCACCUCCGUCUCCACCACCACUGCGACCAUCCCCACCACCACCACCAAAAAAUAUUUGCGAACCUGGGCACCUAUAUGAGUGGUUUCGGUGUGGGCCUACGCUUGAUUGCGGCUGUUGUUUUGGUGGGUGUCAAAGAAAAUGUGCUGCCAAGAACAGAGCGAUGACAGCUCAGAGCUGCAAGAGGUCGCAAAAACUAAAUAAUGUGGAUUGUGAAUGUUGUUGUGAUGAGAAGAUGUCACCACCAUCCCCUCCACCACCCCCACCCUCACCUCCUCCUCCUCCGUCUCCAUCACCACCGCCACCGCCACAACCACCAGCUAAUAUGUGCCAACCUGGGGACGUAUACAAAAAGGCUACAUGGGGACCCACACAAGAUUGUACAACUUGUACAAAUUGGUGUAAGAGUGAAUGUGCUGGAAUGAAUAGUCUAGUGGUUGCUCAAACGUGCCAAAGAAACCCACCGGAAUCCAUGAAUUUCCGCUGUGAAUGCUGCUGA